UCAACUUCUUUUUAUACCAAAUCAUCACCUCUCUUUGUCGAUCUCUCAAAAGAAAAAGAAACCAUGUUGAAGACAAAGACGACGUCCCUUCUCUGUUUCCUUCUCACCACCGUCAUACUAAUGAACCCAUCUUCCUCCUCUCCCACGGACAAUUACAUAUACGCCGUUUGCUCUCCGGCGAAAUUCUCACCUAGCUCCGGCUACGAGACAAAUCUUAACUCUCUCCUCUCUUCCUUCGUCACCUCCACCGCCCAAAGCCGCUACGCCAACUUCACGGUUCCCACAGGGAAACCGGAACCAACCGUUACCGUAUACGGCCUUUACCAGUGCCGCGGCGACCUAGACCCAACCGCCUGCUCGACGUGCGUAUCAAGCGCCGUCGCACAGGUUGGAACCUUAUGUUCUAACUCAUAUUCAGGGUUCUUGCAGUUGGAGAAUUGUCUGAUCCGUUACGACAACAAAUCGUUCCUUGGGGUUCAAGACAAAACGUUGAUCCUCAACAAAUGUGGACAGGCGAUGGAAUUCAACGACCAGGAUGCGUUGACCAAAGUUAAUGACGUCAUCGGUUCUUUAGGUUCCGGAGAUGGACCUUACAGGAACGGUGGCAACGGGAAUGUUCAAGGUGUGGCUCAGUGCUCCGGCGAUCUAAGUACAUCACAGUGCCAAGAUUGUUUGUCUGAUGCAAUCGGACGGCUCAAAACUGAUUGUGGAAUGGCUCAGGGAGGAUACGUUUACUUGUCGAAAUGUUACGCGCGAUUCAGUGUUGGUGGUAGUCACGCGCGUCAGACCCCAGGCCCAAACUUUGGUCAUGAAGGAGAAAUGGGCAAUAAGCAUGAUGAUAAUGGAGUGGGGAAAACAUUGGCGAUAAUAAUAGGAAUCGUCACCUUAAUCAUCUUGCUCGUCGUGUUUCUCGCUUUUCUUGGAAAGCAAUGUAGAAGAUUACAAGAUGAGAAAUGAGAUUUUCUGGGUUUGAGCGACAAGCAGUAUCUAAGUAAUAACGUUAAGCAUGAGUUUAACGAUGAUGGUGUCGGAGAACGAGGGUUGAGUACGAAGGCAGCUAGACAAUUGGGGAAGGCAAAGGUUUUUGCUACUUCAACUUUCAUGCCUGCUUCAGAUUUCCAGGAGUCUAAGGCGUUUCCGGGUGCAUACCAGUGGGGAUCAGUUUCUGCGGCCACCAUUUUCCGCAGAGGCCAAUUCAGCGGUGCGUUUCAGAACGCAUCGCCGCUUUUACUAGGAGGAUCAGUUCCUUUACCAACUCAUCCUUCCCUUGUUCCACGAGUGGCUUCCUCAGGAUCAUCUCCUCAGCUCACUAUCUUUUAUGGCGGAACUGUUAGCGUCUUUAAUGACAUAUCUCCUGAUAAGGCUCAAGCCAUCAUGUUAUGCGCGGGGAACGGUUUGAAAGGUGAAACUGGAGAGAGUAGCUUGAAGAAACAACAACCAAUUCGCGAAGUUGAAAGAGUGUAUGGAAAACAAAUCCAUAACACUUCUGCUGCUGCCUCAUCAAGCUCUGCCAUUCACACUGAUACUUACUCAAGAUGUAGGGACAACCCCGUUGCUACGACUAAUGCAAUGAGCAUGAUCGAAUCAUUCAAUGCAGUUCCUGGUAACAUGAUUCCUUCAGUUCCUCAAGCUCGGAAAGCAUCCCUAGCUCGGUUCUUGGAGAAGCGCAAAGAGAGGCUUAUGAGUGCAAUGCCAUACAAGAAGAUGCUUCUUGAUUUGUCGACCGGAGAAUCCAGUGGAAUGAAUUACUCUUCUACUUCUCCUACCUAAAACCUACACUUUUUUUUUCUCAAGUUUUUUUUUUACAAUGGUAAUUUGUAAUUUUAAUCAUUAGAUUAUGGUUAUAUAGUUACCAUUUAUAUUCUUACGAGCAGGAGAAGGCGUUAGGGCGUCUCUGUAUUUGAUCAUUGUUUGUAAUGCUUUGGUUUAUUAUUGUAGGAUUACUUUAUAACCUUAAGAACUAACAGAUAUCUGUUUGUCAUUUCUGUCAAGAAUUUAAGAUCGAAUAAAAUUCACUAUUGUUA